AAAGAUUGAAAGACAGAGAAGCAGAAAAUUAAGGAGCAGGGAAGGAAGAGUGGGGGCCAGGAAAUGGAAGGAGAGAUUUACAACGCCUUCAAGCCUCCAUACAAGCUGCAGCUCGAGCAGGCUUAGGGAUGGAGUUGGAGCCGCAGUUCCGUGAGCCGUACCUCUCAUCUUCACUUCAAGACUUCUGGGGGAAGCGGUGGAAUCUCAUGGUCACCAAUAUCCUGCGAUUGACUGUAUACGAACCGGUCCACAACGCUGCGUCAGCGGUUGUUGGGCGCAAGUGGGCGGCACUGCUGGCAGUGAUGGCCGCCUUCCUGGCGUCAGGGCUCAUGCACGAGCUGAUUUUUUUCUACAUGGGGCGCAUGAAGCCCACUUGGGAGGUCAUGUGGUUUUUCGUGAUCCAUGGGGCAUGUUUGGUGGUCGAGGUGGUGGUGAAAAGGAAGUGCGGCACAAAGUGGCGGUUGCCGAGGGCUUUGACUGGUCUGAUGACGGUGACAUUUGUGAUGGUGACUGCAUCUUGGCUGUUUUUUCCACAGCUCCUGAGGGAUGGUGUCGACAAGAAGGCGUUGGAAGAGUACGCAGCUGCAGGCGCGUUCAUUAAGGACAUCGGUCGAGCUGUGAUGUCUCGGAUUUUAUAGAAUGUGUUGAUUCUAUGUUUCAUGAUUCUAACCAAUCAGAGAGUUGGGAAUGUUGACAUUUCUUUGCCUAAAUUUGAUGGAAGAAAAUAGGAGAUCAUAUUUGGAAUAAGUCUCUUGUUUCUUCAUGAGAAUUUCAUCAUUGAUUUUCAUUUUUUU